UCAUAGUCUCUACUUUUUGUAUCUACACUUGAAAAAGGUCCUAUAAUUAAUAUGAAUUACAGUAACUGGUAUGACUGGAACAUAACUCCCUCAGAAUCCAACAAUGAUGAUGCACAUCUGAACUUGAGAGAGUUAUCCAAGUAUCCGCUACCACUCGGGCUAAAACUCACAUUGACACCUGAGAUGCUUCCAUACACAGAACAAAAUACAAAUGCUGUUACUGAAACUUCAUGUCAACAUGAAACCAAGAAAGCUGAGAAGUUGAAAGCUGUUCAUUUUCCAAUAUAUAUGCUCAUGAUCGGAUUUUUCAAGAUCGAAGCUAAAUAUCCCGCGGAUUUGGUAGCUAAGUUUUAUUAUGCUAAACGAAAACUUGUUUGGGAGAUAAUGCGUGAUGGUUUAAAGGACAAGAUUGAAAUACAGUGGCGAAAUAUUUCAGCCAUUCGAGCUAUUAUCGAGGAUAAUUCGCCCGGUAUUCUAGAAAUUGAGGUGAUUAUUUUAUUUAUUUACCGAUAUAAACACUCGAGAGAAUUUACAUUAACAGUGUAUGAAAUGCUAACUUUCACAGCUUGACAA